GGGAAGAUGAUCCACUAUCUUAUCCGGAAGCACUUGAUGAGUUGCUGGGAAGGACUAUGGCAUUUAGAGUGAAGAUGCAACCAACAUACAGUUCUGCAUCAGUACUUAAAGUGUCUGAGGAUGCAGGGAUCAUAAAGUUCAUAACAGAGCAACUUGAUACGUGUGAGGAAAAGACCAAUGAUACUAAUGGAGGAUCUGUUCUUGACGAGCAUGUUCAAUGUGAAAGUCAAUCUGUGUCCACUACAGCGGAUCAUGAUCCCGAUGUCUUAUCACCUUCUAUUACACCUUGCAAAAGACCAAUGGAGAAACAGUUUGACGACCUCCAAACCCAAGAUGCAGCUACACAGUUUUCAGCAACAAAGAUUCGAAAGCUCAUAAAGAAAGAGUAAACAAAAAUAAGUUUGUUGGAUGAACUGAUAGACAUGAGCACAUUCCUAAUCUACCUUUUUUUUUUUCUUAAAUCAAGUCUUUUGUUUACGGUUUGAUAAUAAAUUAUGAAGUGACAUUGUUUUUAAUAUUCAUUUAUUAUACUUUU